GAGAGCGAGAGAGAGAGAGCUAGUGAGAGCAGGGGGAAAGAGGGUAGCGCUCUAGUUGGGGGAGAGGGAUUGCCAGUUAGAUGUGGCUGCCGAUAAUAGAGCAUCAGCCCCGACACUGAGAGCACAGCCACAGAGAGAGAGAGACAGAGACAGAGAAGGAGGGAGAGAGAGAGAGAGAGAGAGAGAGAGAGAGAGAGAGAGAGAGAGAGAGAGAGAGAGAGAGAGAGCGAAGAACGGAGCAGCUUAGCGCUGGAUGGAACACUAGAGGACACAGGUUCCCAUAGAGAAAGAGAGAGAGAGAGAGUGAAAGAGAGAGAAGGAGCGUGGGGGAAGUGAGCGUAUCGGAGUACACUGGAGCAGAGACAUAGAUACAGGGGAGGACUGUAGAGGAAAAGUUACCAGCUCAGGAGGGGUUGUGUGCGCGCGCGUGUGUGUGUGUUCCGCUUCCCCCCUUGAUCGCUGCUGAGGUCAGCAGGGUGGAAUGUGGAAGUGGAGCAGCUGAGACCUGGACAUUCACAGGGGGUCCUGCACCCUCAGGAACAGCACAGGAGGAGAGAGAGGCAGAAGACAGUCCAGCUUGCUCUCUCACCAGGACGAGGCAGACCGACGCGUGACCCGGUCCUACUGCUGACAGGACUGCAGAGCUGAGAGAGGAGUGUGAGCACACCUGCAGCAGCAAGAGGACACAUAGAGCAGAGAGAGAGAGACAGAGAGAGAGAGAGAGAGAGUGAGAGAGAGAGAGAGAGCGCUGUGCCCCUCCGGUCCCUCUCCUACCUGACUCAACUGAGUCAAACUAGAUCACUCCUCAAAUUGUGUCUGUGGGCGCCUGUGUUGCCUGUACUGGAUCGUGGUGGGGGCCAGCGCGCGGCCACAAAGAGGACAGGAGAGAGCCGCGAGGAGACUCCUGCCCGGUGGAUCUCUGAGACAUGUUAGACUGUGCCGCUUCACCAGCAGCAGCCCCAGAGCAUGGAGAAGUCCAGCAGUGAAGAGUCAGCCAUUCACCGCAGCCCGUCCAUAGACAGCCACGACUCCGACUUUGCCCGAGCCUCCACGUCUGGCCGGCCGUUCGGCGGCCGAGGCUUCACGGCCGGCGCCUUCUACGGCUCCACGGGGCCGCGCGCACAGGGCCAGGCGGGCACGGCGGCGGCCGCCGACGCCACCGCCGGAGGAGACAAGGGCAGCAGCAGCAAGCGCAGCGCUCCCAAGAGUAGCAAAUACGUGGUCUUUUACCUGGAUUUAUCCUUUGUGUUCCUUCUAGAAUUCAAGAAGUGCAACAUGGCUCGGGGCUGUCUCUGCUGUCUCAAGUACAUGAUGUUCCUCUUCAACCUCAUCUUUUGGCUGUGCGGCUGCGGGCUGCUGGGCGUGGGCAUCUGGCUGUCUGUGUCCCAGGGCAGCUUUGCCACCUUCUCGCCCUCGUUUCCCUCGCUCUCCGCCGCCAACAUGGUGAUUGCCCUCGGCGCCAUCGUCAUGGUGACAGGCUUCCUGGGUUGCCUAGGCGCCAUCAAGGAGAACAAGUGCCUGCUUCUGAGCUUUUUCAUCGUCCUGCUGAUCAUCCUGUUGGCAGAGCUCAUACUACUCAUCCUGUUCUUCGUCUACUCAGAUAAGGUCAGUGAGAACGCUAAGCAGGACUUGAAGGAUGGGCUGGCUUUGUACAACACCAACAACAAUGUUGGCCUGAGGAAUGCCUGGAACAUCAUCCAGGCUGAGUGGAAGUGCUGUGGGGUCAUAGGGUUCACUGACUGGCAUGAGGCCCUGAAGGAGAAGGUGGUUCCUGACCGCUGCUGCCAGGAACACUACCAGGAGUGUGGGCGCAACUCCACCAACAUGUUCUGGAAUAGGGGCUGCUAUGAGAAGGUGGAGGAGUGGCUGGAUGACAACAAACACCUUCUGGGAACCAUUGGCAUGUGUAUCCUGGUCGUGCAGCUCCUGGGAAUGGCUUUCUCCAUGACGCUGUUCCAUCAGAUCCACAGAACGGGGAAGAAGUAUGAUGCUUAGCGCUGAACGGUCACACAAACACACACACACACACACACACACACAUGAAGAAGAGGAGCCCCACUGCCCCAUGGGAUAAACUCUGGAUGACAGCCCCUGCUUUCCUCCCCUUGUAACCCCCUACCAGCCACCCUGUUGUCCCUGUACAGACACCAGCCACGCCCCCCCCUCUCCCCUGCCCUCUCCAUUCACCUCUCAUUUUCCAAAGACAACCAGGAACUGGAAAAUGAGGGGCUUCUAUCGAAGGCUGGAAGAUUCUCCUCUCAACGUCAUCUCUGUGUUUUGGCUUGGAUUGUGAUGAGCCUGGAGGCUUUACUAAUGCCCCCCCCCUCCCUCCCUCCCUCUCCCAACCCCCCCCCCCCCC